GGGGCCCGCCCCGCGCCGCGCCCCCCGCGCAAGGUGAGUUGUGCGAGUCCCGCCCGGGAGGAAGUUUGUGCAGAGGCACUGUCGGAGCGGGGGGUGGUUCUCGGGCCCCGCUAGUGCGGGCGGGAGCCGGGCAGCCAGCGGCUGUUUGUUGCCCUCCGGCCGGACCCGCAGUCUGGAGGCCACUUCGGCCUCCUUUCUCUUGGCCUUUUCGGAGGCGGAGUUCACUAUGCAAGUCCGCGGGUGUGUUGUGCGCGCGGGUGUGUGUGUGUGUCGGGGGAGGCCGAAGGGAGCCAGAAAAAGCGAAGAGUCCGAGACAAGACGCGGAGAUUGAGAAGGAGGGAGGAGGGACGAGGGAGGAGAGAGGAGCGCGCCCGGGAGGCGCGGGAGCCGGGAGCGGGGACGGCGCGCAGCGCGAGCGGCUGGCGUUGGGCUGGCGGCUCCCGCGCUCCCGCUCCCGCUCCCACCCGCACACAGCGGCGCGCUCACCCGCACACGCCCGCCAGCUCCCGGGCCGCCCCGGCGCGGGGCACAGAGGCGGAGACCCGGCGGGCAGAGCGCGCCCCGCGCUCGCGCCCGCGCCCACCCCACCGCCUUUGCGCUCCGCAGCGGCGCGCCUUGCCCGGCGCCCCCGCCAGUCCUGCCGGAAGAUGGUCAACGACCGGUGGAAGACCAUGGGCGGCGCUGCCCAACUUGAGGACCGGCCGCGCGACAAGCCGCAGCGUCCGAGCUGUGGCUACGUACUGUGCACCGUGCUGCUGGCCCUGGCUGUGCUGCUGGCCGUGGCCGUGACUGGGGCCGUGCUCUUCCUGAACCACACCCACGCGCCGGGUACGGCGCCCCCGCCUGUCGUCAGCACCGGGGCUGCGGGCGCCAACAGCGCCCUGGUCACCGUGGAGAGGGCCGACAGCUCGCGCCUCAGCAUCCUCAUCGACCCGCGCUGCCCCGACCUCACCGACGGCUUCGCCCGCCUGGAGAGCGCACAGGCCUCAGUGCUGCAGGCGCUGACCGAGCACCAGGCCCAGCCGCGGCUGGUGGGCGACCAGGAGCAGGAGCUGCUGGACACGCUGGCCGACCAGCUGCCCCAUCUGCUGGCCCGAGCCGCGGAGCUGCAGACAGAGUGCAUGGGGCUGCGGAAGGGGCACGGCACGCUGGGCCAGGGUCUCAGCGCUCUGCAGAGCGAGCAGGGCCGCCUCAUCCAGCUUCUCUCUGAGAGCCAGGCCCACAUGGCACACCUGGUGAACUCCGUCAGCGACAUCCUGGAUGCCCUGCAGAGGGACCGGGGGCUGGUCCGGCCCCGCACCAAGGCCGAUCUUCAGAGAGCGCCUGCCCGGGGAGCCCGGCCCCGGGGCUGUGCCACUGGCUCCCGGCCCCGAGACUGUCUGGACGUGCUCCUAAGCGGACAGCAGGACGAUGGUGUCUACUCCGUCUUUCCCACCCACUACCCGGCCGGCUUCCAGGUGUACUGCGACAUGCGCACAGACGGCGGCGGCUGGACGGUGUUUCAGCGCAGAGAGGAUGGCUCUGUUAACUUCUUCCGGGGCUGGGACGCAUACCGAGAAGGCUUCGGCAGGCUGACCGGGGAGCACUGGCUAGGGCUCAAGAGGAUCCACGCCCUGACCACACAGGCCGCCUACGAGCUGCACGUGGACUUGGGGGACUUUGACAACGGCACGGCCUACGCCCGCUACGGGAGCUUCGGUGUGGGCUUGUUCUCUGUAGACCCUGAGGAUGACGGGUACCCACUCACCGUGGCUGACUAUUCCGGCACUGCAGGUGACUCCCUCCUGAAGCACAGCGGCAUGAGGUUCACCACCAAGGACCGUGACGGCGACCACUCAGAGAACAACUGCGCUGCCUUCUACCGUGGGGCCUGGUGGUACCGCAACUGCCACACAUCCAAUCUCAACGGGCAGUACCUGCGCGGGGCGCAUGCCUCCUAUGCUGACGGCGUGGAGUGGUCCUCCUGGACCGGCUGGCAGUACUCACUCAAGUUCUCCGAGAUGAAGAUCCGGCCGGUCCGGGAGGACCGCUAGACCGGUGCACCCUUUCCUUGGCCCCACUGGUUCCCCAUCGCCCCAUCCCCGUCCUCACCUCACUCCUUCGUGAACGUUCUCCACCCACCUGUGCCUGGUGGACCCAAUCUCCAGGAGGGAGGGGCCGGGCCAUCCCUGACACGAAGCCCCCUGGGCGGGUGAAGUCACACACACCUCAGCGCCCCCACCUUCUCCAUUCGGCAGCUAACUGGUCUCUUGCCUCUGCUGAUGGGGACUGACAAAUUUGACGACCCCAACUCCUACUUUCCCCCACUGUGGCUCCUGCGCUGUCUGCUGUCCCCAGGCCACGAUGGUGGAGUCUGCCCCACGCCCUGGCUCCAGCAGAUGCCCCUGGCAGCCCUCUGCUCUGCCCACCCAAACACUGGGCAUCAUGGGGACAGAGAGCCAGGGGCAGACAGCACCCCUGGAGCCCUCCUAGCAGAUCAUGAAGGAACGUCAGGCCUCUCCGAGGUCAGGUCUGAGGCCAGUGUCCUCCAGCCCUCCUGAUGCCAACCCCACCCCCAUUUCCCUAGUGCCUGGAGAACCCACCUCUCCCCCAAGGGCUCCAGCCUGGCUGUGGCCACAACCCACCAUACCCUGAGGCCAGGCUGGGGAGCUGCUGUGGGCGGGGACCCACACCCCAAGGCUGAGGCCAGUUCCCUGGGGGCCACCCACCUUUUGCCCCUGCAGGACUGGGAUCUCCAGUCCCCUUACCUGCCGUGCCCACCAGCUGCUGUCUGUCUCAUAUGAGGCCCAACCCAGCUCCCAGCCAUCCUCCUACCCCGGGCAGCGAGCCCUAUCCCAUUUUCCCUGCCUCUGGAAGGUGGGCGGGGCCUGCACAUCGUGCUGGAUGUGCCAAUGGGAGCUCUUGGUUUUCUGGGCUGGGGCCAAGGCAGGGCUGGGAUGGGGCUUGUGCCACCCCCACCCCCAAUUUCCCAGGGACUCAAGGGUCCUGAGGCCCCCCCGGAGGGCCUCGGGGGCAAUGAUCCUCUCCCUGAGGCCACUGCCUCCAUGGGGAGGCCAACCCCUGCCGGUGACUGGCCACUGCCACCCGGACCCAGGCCCAGCAAGUGGUCAAGGGGUACGGUCGGCCUCACCCAGCAAAUGGGGCAGGGAGGGGGGAACUCGGGCACCAGACCAGGCACCACCUGGUCAGUUUCUUAUUGAAUCCUCCCAGCACCCCGCACGCUGUCACCCCUGCUUGUGUGUGCACACGGAGGUGAGACCUGCAGACUCCCAGGACCAGCAGCUGCAAGGGCAGAGGGUUGGAGCCCAGUCCUCUGCUGUCUGCUCAGCAGCCCCGGACCCAUGUGCACUUGCGUCAGGUGAAGGGCAGGUUUUCCAAGGCCCCGAAAGGUCUGGAGUCAGCCUGGGGGAUCUGCCCAGCAGCCCCUCCUCGGGCAGGAGGGGAGGUGGCUUCCUCCAAGGGACACCCCAUGGCAGGUGCCUGGGGGGUGUGGGGUUCCGUUCUCCCUUCCCCUCCCUCCGAAGUUUGUGCUUAAAAAACAAUAAAUCCAACUUGGCACCACUAGGGGGGUGGCAGGAGAGGCUGUGUGACCUGGCCAUGCAUUCCAGCGCCACCGGGUCACCCGCAUACACAGAUGUCUGCCGCGCUUUCCUCUCAUGGGCCCGACCUGCCCUGCAUACGGGACAGGACCUGGUCCCUGCCCUCUGCAGGUGCAGCCAAGAAUCAGGCAACGGCAGCCCAGUGUGGCCGGGGUGGUAGAUGGAGCAGCCCAGGUGCGGGGCCAGGAGGGGCAAGAUUUGGGCAAAAUGACCACAGGAGAGUCCAAGGGAAGUCCUCCGUCUGCUCCUCUCCCCACCCUCUAGAAGCCAAGGGAGCCCACCCAGACCGCCUGGGCUGCCAGGGCAUGUUGUCACACCACAGGGGCUGGGUGGGACCCGAGUCUCAUCCUGGGAGCCCCCCACCGACAGGCCCCGGGCGGGAGCUGCCAGCCUGUCCGUGCCAGGUGCUGCUUAGAAAGUGCCAAGCGCUUUCUGAUGUGUCAUCAAACAAACUCCCGGUGAGUGUGAAGUUAAUGGACUCGCAGCUGUGUGGGCGCAGCAGGAGGCGCUGGGGCCCUUGUGCCAGGCCUUGGCUGCGGAACAGACACACCCCGGCUGGAGCCUGGCGAGGGGUUGGGGGGCAGGUGGAGGUCGUUUUGGGAGCCUGUGGUCCAGACCUGGGCAGCAUCUGUCUUCCAUGGCCGGCUGUACUGGAGAUGUCUGUCCCUUCUAGAGCCCCAUUACUGCCCGGUUCCAGUACCAGCCCCUGGGUGAGAGCAUGCAGCCCCACCAAGCACCGGCUGAAUGGGCACAGCCUGGCAUGGUUGAGAGAGCCCAGGCCAGUGCUCCGCCCUCACCCUCCCUGGGGACAUCUUCAAAGGCUGGCACUGGGGAAAAACGGUCUGUCCACACCUGCUCUGGGCCACGGCCUCUCGCCCUAGCCCUGCAGAGCCUGCAGUCUGAUACCAGUGCCAAUGGCUGGAGACAGAAGGAUGGGACUGCUGCGAGAGCCCUGGGCCAGGGACAGCUCGAGACCUGAGGGCUGAGUGACCAGGCCAAGGGUAGCCUGUGCACAGGGUCGCUGGGGACCCACAGAACCCAAACCCUGUCCCCCAGGGCCCGAUUUGAGGGUGAAUGGCCGUGGCCCUCCAUCCCACAAGGCCGCCUGACCGAACCUCUUCCUGCUUCUCUGCUUGAGACUAAGCUGAGUGGGAGGGGACUCUCCGUGGCCACACGGGGACCUGGAGGCGGUGCGCCUGUGCGUCACCCCUCCACAUGCACGGUAGGGUCUACGGAUCAGCCAGUGGCCUUCCUCCAUUCUCCUAAACUUUGCACACAUCUCGGAGAGUUACACCAAAGGCCACCCAGCUGGCUGCCUGAGCUCCUGGGUCCAGAGGAUGGAAGGACCCUUGGUUUCCAUGGUUGUGACCUCAGUACAUUCGGCUGGAGAUAAGAACAGAGCAGCUGCAACUGAAGUGGUUUUGUGAUACUUGUCUUUGGGAUAGAAGCUGUAUCGCCAGCACCCAGCUCCUCCUUGUUCCCUUACCCUUCCUGCCACCGGUCCUCAUCCACACAGGACUCUGGCUGGCCUGGCUGGGGCCAGCGCCCCGGAAGCUGGGAGCCAGGGUCUCUGGAGGCCCUCUCACCCAGGGGCGCAUCUGAGCAGGCAGAGAUUUGGAGGAUUCUUGAACCAUCUUGAACCACGAGGACGCUGGCUCCAGGCAGGAGAAGGAAGAGGGGAGUUGCCGUUUGUCUGUGUGAGAUGGGGGACAGGGGACAAGAAGAAGGCUCGUGGCCAGCGCCAGACCCCUGUCCUGUGACUUCAGGAGCAACACAUCUGCAGGAGAAUCCAGCAGGGGACACACCGAACCCAGAAAGAACAAGGAGAUGGGACAGUAAGCUUUGGUCUCAGCGGACCGGCCUUCCUGGGGCCUCCAUUUCUUCAUCUGCUUUCAGAGACAAGUGUGUCCCCAAACUGUGUGGCCCCAGCAGCCGGCAGGACUUGGCAAACCCAGAGGGCUGAGGUCGGGCCUCGGUGGGAUUUGGGAGGAGUGGGGGCGGGGAGCUCUGGCCCAAGGCUGGCCAUGCUGGUCCCCGCUGCGCUACCAGCUAUGUCUGAGUUGAGCCACACAGCGCCGGCCGGGGCGUGGGGGUACCAGGGCUGCGGAAGGAGCUCGGGGGGGCCAGCACAGCAGCCCGCGGAGGAAGCCUGGUAUGGGAGCGUCACUAGGCCAGGCUGUGGGCACUUGGUGUCUGUGCAUUCUGUCUUCAAUAAAGUCUCGUGGUGACCCAG